UGCUCCGUCCUUAAAACGUUCAAUCAUUGCAGGUAUGUAGGUAACGUGUUUUUUAAAUCCAUUCUUAUAUUGAACUUAGGAACAUCUAGUCACGAGAUGUGUAACACUCAGCUGCGGCUCCUGCUGCUGCUCUCCGUGGCUAUGUUCGCUAGUCACGCCGAGUCAACCGAGCUGUGUCCCCGCAUCACCAUCGAGAACGGCCGCGUCAAGAUGCGGUCGCGUAACCGCGUCGCCAAGUUCCGCUGUCGCCGCAACUUCCUGAUGAUCGAAGGCGACCGCUUCGUGACGUGCAGCCUCGGCACAUGGCGGGGCACUGUUCCUAAAUGCGUCGGUUCGGGCUGCAACGGCGAGUUUUCGAUCACAAAUGGGCGCUUCCUGCUGCUGUUCGGGGAGGCACUGGCGCAGUUCGAGUGCGACCACGGCUACCAGCUCGUGGGCUCCUCCGCGCUGUCCUGCAACGGCCGGCGCUGGAACGCGUCUGAGCCAACGUGUGAAGCCCCUCAGCACACGCUGUACGACUGCAACUUCGAGGAGUCGAACUGCGGUUGGACGAGCGAGGCCACCCGCGACAUGCGCUGGACCCGCACGCAGGGGCGGCCAUACGCCCAGUGGGUGGGCAAGCGGCCUUCCAUUGACCACACUUAUAAUAACAUCAGUGGUCACUACAUGUAUGUUGACACGUCAGUCAACGGUGACUGGAAGGACGUGGCUCGGCUCUAUUCUCCAGUCCUACAGCCGUUCGUGAUCAGUCCCACGUGCGCGACGCUGUGGGUGUAUAAGCCCAUGAACGACACAGGAGAACUGAACAUCUACGCUAAACCCGAGAGCGAAGAUCUUGAUAUCCUAGCACCGGAGGUUUCCAUCACGGACGAGGCUUGGGCUGACUGGCAUCUUGUGUACAUAUCCCUGCAAGACAUCGACGAGCCAUUUCAGAUCGUGGUGGAGGCUGUGUGGGGGGACGGCUACAUGAGUGACGUCGCAAUUGAUGAUUUCUUAGCCACGUACGGAAUGAACUGCAUUGACCUCGAGGUCGAGUUCAAAAGGCAGAGCAAGACGGAGGCCCAUAACGUCUCAAAUCCAGACUCCUCGUGGCUACCAAUUCCCACGCAGACGUCUCAAAACGUCAUCACCUCAGGACCGGCCCCAACCUCCACCACCCUGGAGCAGCGCACCUUGUCUUCGACCACGACGACACAAAAACCUACCACGUCUUCGCUAAGUACUCCCGUCAACGCCGUCACACCACCCAACCCCACUACCACUACAACUACCACUACAACUACAACCAGCAGUGUUAAGCCCACUACUCCCUCAACUACCGUUAAGGCCUCGACGUCAACCACUACCAGAUCCUCUACAAUCAUAACUACUACUUCGAAGAAGCCAUUCACGGCUAUCACUAUAAAGCCCACUGAUAAAUCUACUACCAAACAAUCCAUAACAAAAUCCACCACCUCAAAGCCAACAACAAAAUCAACCACCUCAAAGCCAACAACAAAAUCUACCACCCAAAAACCAACAACAAAAUCCACCAGUCAACGGCUGACGACAACAAAAGUAGCGGUAACCAAAACUUCGACGCAGGCCCCACCAGCAGACUUGCCUGUGUCUGAUGAAGUAAAAUCACCCGAACAGGAGAAACAAUUUUCUGUAUUCUUAUCAAUUCUACUUAUCAGUUUAGGAAUCGUCUUUAUCGUUGCAUUAUUAAUUUUCAUGUACAAGAAGUGUGAUACUCUAAGGCAGCUUAAGUUUUCGGAAGAUUCUGACGUAAAAUACUUGCAACAAGGUGACGAUGAGUCAAAUGGUUUUGGGGAUUCCGAUUCUCUGGUGUACCAUCCAAGAAGUCGAUCGGUGCCAUCAGGUAGCAAUUAUUCUUCGCCAUCUACAUCCUCCGCAUCCUCCAUGCAUUCUGACAUUGGAGACUGCGCUAAUUUGGUCCGGAAGCCAAUUAGACCUCCUCCUCCCGUUCCGUUAGCUGCAGCUGCAGCGUCUAGGAGACCUGCCAUUGAAGACAUUUCCAGUGAAGCAGACAUUUGCGAUCCACGCUCUUCGCCCUUGUCGUCCUCACUGAUAUCGUGGGCCGAAUCUUCUCAGAUGACGGAAGUGCCACUCAUGCAGGCAACGGACACUCCAACCUCGUCCACAAACUCGCCUUCUCUUGGUGGUGCGGGCAACGUCGGUGUCACUGAAGGUGCGUACAAUAUUGGUUCCACUCAGCGUGGUGCGCACAAUUUGCUGGGUUCCCAGAGCGAUACGCACAAUAAUGGAUCUUCUUCAGUAAACUACUCGCCGUACAGCUCUCCAACGCUACCUCCUCCUGUACCUCCACGGUCUCACGGAGGUGGAACGGCAAUUUAGAGGGAAUCGGAAUUCGUCCACAAUUUCCGGAAUUGUGGACAACACCACAAUUUGUCCUAAUUUCAGCCUCAAUAUUAAUUAAAUAUCGAUAGAGGUGCAGAAAUGUUUUUCUGAAAACUCAUUUAUUUAUGUGAAUUAUUCGAAACCUCCAGCUAGUCGUCGAAAGAGCGUGAAAUUAUUUUGCCCCCCCCCCCGGUUAAUUUUAGAGAGUCGGAACAUAAUAUUUAAUACUGAUAGAGCAUUAGAGAAAGAGAUACAAACAUCCCUUAAAUUUAAAUUAUGAUAGAUCUAUGUUGAACCAAGAUUUCAUCAUGAUGAUUAAUGCCAUUGUGUAGUCACGAUCAUUUAUAAAAUAUAAAAAUUCUAAUGCGUAGCCAGAAAAUUAGGAACUGAAUAAAUUUUUGUAGGAUAUCUCAGAGUGAUUCUCCGUGUAGAUAGAAAAACCACAACCCCAAAGCAAUUUGUCUACUGCGCUUCCAGAAAUUAAGUAAUUCCUGAUUAAAAUUUUAUUAGUUUUAUUAGAUAUUAGGUCAGUCGCGAAUUGAAUCAAUUGGGGUCAAAUUGUGCUGAGUUUCACACAGUUGUAUAAAAUAUGUCCGGAACUGGAGUUGAAUUAAAAUGGUUAACAUUAACCAUUUCUACGAACAAAUCAAAUUUAAUGGAAUUAUUUUUCGCUUGGCAUGCAAUAUAUCAAGCUAUGUGAAUUAGCCAUCUAAUAAUCUUAUAAACCUCACGUUCAUAAAGGACAGAAUUCUCUCCAUCUCUGUUCCACAUGGCAUGCAGAAAGGUCAGCCUCGUAAUGCCAUCGUUCUCAUUUGACGGACUACGUCAUUAAAGCUAAAUUAGUGACUUGACAAACAUAAUGUAGGUCUCGUGCUGCACUUCCCGGGGACCAUUACGAGUGACACUUGCUCGCGUGGGCGACUGUCAAAUUCACAGAUGCUUUCCGAAUGUCUAUGUUACAAGUCGUAAAAUGUUUAAUUUUCGAAAAUUUUGAUGCGGUAGACUGCUGAGAUUAUAUUAUUGUUAAAUCUAAGUUGCGUGAUGCGGUUCUGACAGAGAGGAGUACAGGACUUAUGUACGUUGGACGCUUUAAAGUUAUUACCAAAGUUUGACUACCAUAAAAUGAAUAUAUAUUAUCAUAAAGAGUUAUCCAAUAAUCA